AUGGGAGACCUGAAGUCAGGUUUUGAAGAGGUGGAUGGCGUGAGGCUCGGCUACCUCAUCAUUAAAGGAAAGCAAAUGUUUGCCCUCUCCCAAGUCUUCACGGAUCUGCUGAAAAACAUCCCGAGGACGACCGUGCACAAGCGCAUGGAUCAUCUAAAAGUGAAAAAGCACCACUGCGACCUGGAGGAGUUGCGGAAGCUCAAGGCGAUCAACAGCAUCGCCUUCCACGCCGCCAAGUGCACCCUCAUCUCCCGGGAAGACGUGGAAGCGCUCUACACCUCCUGCAAAACCGAGCGCGUGCUCAAGACCAAGCGCAGGCGAGCCGGCCGGGCCCCGGCCACCCAGGCGCCGCCGCCGCCCCCGCCGGAGCGCGUCCCCGCCGCCGCCGCGGGCCCCCGCCCGGGAUUUUGGAAGGACGAGCACCAACUUUGGCGGGGCUUGAGCGGAGCGGCGCGGCCGCUGCCAAUCAGCGCGCAGUCCCCGCGCCCGGGCGCCGCCGCCGCCGCGCGCCCCGCCGCCCAUCUACCUCAGGUUUUUAGCAAAUACCCGGGCUCGCACUACCCGGAAAUCGUGCGCUCGCCUUGCAAAGCCCCUCUAAACUAUGAGACUGCCCCGCUCCAGGGAAACUACGUCGCCUUCCACUCGGAUCCCGCCUAUUUUCGGAGCCUGCUGUGCAGCAAGCACCCGGCCGCCGCCGCCGCCGCUGCUGCAGCCGCCGCCGCCGCCGCCGCCGCAGCCGCCGCCUACUACCAGGCGUCGGCCUCCGGGACUCAGCCCAAGGCGGCGGCGGCCGGGGCGGGAGGCCCGGUGAGCCUGAGCUACCGGUGCAAGCGCAGGCGAGGGGGCGCCAAGGAUUGCCUGCUCACGCCGCACUCGGGCGCCCGGCGCCUGCUGCUGCUGCCCAGGUCCUACAAAGCCAAGGCGGCCGCGGCGGCGGCGGCGGCAGCAGCGGCGGCGGCGGCGGCGGCCGCGGGGGCCACUUGCCUGGAUAGGUUUCAUCUGGUCAACAGCUUCUGUCCGCCUCCCCACCACCAUCACCAUCACCACCAUCACCAUCAUCAUCACCACCACCAUCGGGCCCAGCCGCCGUUGCCGCAGAACCACCACCCCCCUCACCACCACCGGCCGCAGCCCCAUCUGGGCAGCUUUCCCGAGAGCUGCAGCAGCGACUCCGAGUCCAGCUCCUACUCGGACCACGCAGCCAACGACUCGGAUUUUGGCUCCAGUUUGUCCAGCUCCAGCAACUCUGUGUCCUCGGAGGAAGAGGAGGAGGAGGAGGGAGAGGAGGAGGAGGAAGAGGAGGAGGAAGAGGAGGAGGGGGGCAGUGGGGCCUCGGAUUCCAGUGAAGUCAGCUCGGAGGAGGAGGAGGAGGAGGAGGAGGACUCGUCCACAGAGUCGGACUCCAGCUCCGGCUCCAGCCAAGUGUCAGUGCAGAGCAUCCGUUUCAGGCGCACCAGCUUCUGCAAGCCGCCCAGCGUGCAGGCGCAGGCCAACUUCUUGUACCAUCUGGCCUCCACCACCACCACCACCGCCGCCACCAAACCCGCUGCUUUCGAGGAUGCCGGCAGACUUCCCGACCUCAAGAGUGGUGUCAAAGCCGAAUCGCCAGAGGAGUGGAAUCUGCAGGACUGGGCCCCCCAAGCGUCUCCGGUGUACUGCCCGGCCAGCCUGGGGAGUUGUUUCCCAGAGAUAAGAAACGAUAGGGUAUCUGAGAUUACAUUCCCACACUCUGAAAUUUCCAGUACUGUAAAGAGAACUGACCUGACAAUUAACUGCCUGGCAGAGGGGGCCUCUUCACCUAGCCCAAAGACAAACAAUGCAUUUCCACAACAAAGAAUACUCCGCGAGGCUAGGAAAUGCCUACAAGCAACUCCUACAACACACUGUGCAGAUAACAACACAAUAGUUGCCAGGUUCUUAAAUAAUGAAUCUUCAGGAGCAGCAGCAAAUUCGGAAAAAGAUUCCAAAAUCCCUCAUUGUCAGGAAUUUGCUACGGAUUUGCCCUCUUCGCAAACUGAUCCCGAAGUGGGUGCAGCAGCAGCAGAGGCACCAACUAAGGCUGAGAACCCAGGGGCUGACACAGCUGACAAGACACUGCCAAUUCUGCACAAUAUUAAAAUCAAAGUAGAAGACAGUAGUGCCAAUGAGGAAUACGAACCUGACCUCAUUACAAAUAAGCUAAAGUGCGAGUGCAAUGAUACAAAGGGUGAGUUUUACAGUGUGACUGAAAGUAAGGAGGAAGACGCCUUGUUAACCACAGCCAAGGAAGGCUUUGCAUGCCCUGAGAAAGAAACGCCUUCCUUGAAUCCGCUGGCACAGAGUCAGGGCCUGUCAUGCACUUUAGGUUCUCCAAAACCUGAGGAUGGGGAAUAUAAAUUUGGUGCCAGGGUGAGAAAAAAUUAUCGGACACUAGUACUGGGAAAGCGACCUGUCCUUCAGACACCUCCAGUCAAACCAAAUUUGAAAUCAGCUAGAAGCCCUCGUCCUACAGGUAAACCUGAGACACAUGAAGGAACACUGGAUGAUUUUACAGUCAUAAACAGACGCAAAAAGGUAGCCAGCAAUGUAGCAUCAGCAGUGAAAAGGCCAUUUAAUUUCAUGGCAAAUUUUCCUUGUCCACCAUCACUCAUUAUUGGGAAGGAUGGGGAUUUGUGGCCGGCGUAUUCCUUAAAUACCACUAAGGAGCCCCAACCUCCUCACAAGGCCCAUCCUAUAUGGAAAUGGCAGCUGGGCGGUUCUGCAAUACCUCUUCCACCUAGUCACAAAUUCAGGAAGUUUAAUUCAUAA